ACACCCGAAAUCGGUAGACAAGCAACUGAGUCUGAUGGCAAACUCUUACAAGAAGCAGGUAAGAGAGCCACCUUCAGUUCCAUUUCUAUGGGAAGAAAGGCCGGGAAUUGCCAAAAAAGACUGGAAACCAGAGUUUUCUUCGAGUUGUUCAUUUCCGCCCCCUCCAGUCAAGUUUAUAGCCUCUGUCCCGUUUGAGUGGGAAGAAAAGCCAGGAACACCGCUACCAUCUUUCUCAGAACCAACAAUGGAAUCAGUACCUCCUCUACAGCCGCUGAUGCUUCUCACUUACCCGUCACCUCCAACAAGCUCUGCCUCUCACCAACAUGAUCAUGAUGGUGAGCAUGAAGAUUGCAAUGGCGGUGGAGAAGAAAGUAUGCUUCUAUUGGAGUUUGAAGCAUUUGAUUUUGAAACAGAUGAUUCAUUUCGCUCAGCUCCUUCUCUGCUCGCAAACUGUCUUGUUCCCUGCGUGGCACUUUCUACUGCUAUUCCAGCACAUGAAACCAGAGUCACCACACUAACAGAAGAGAAGAGUGAUUGGCCUGAGACGCCUUCCUCACUGGCAUCAGAUUCAGGCAGCAGUACUAGCAGCUAUGCAACUGGAGCUUCAAGCCUGGUGGGGGCUUCGUUUUUGGAAUGCCUCUUUCCACUGAUUCCUGCCAAUGCUGGAUUCCUUGAAAUAACUGGGCAAUCAGACAAAACCGCUCUUGCACCAACAGAAGCAAAGGGUACAUAUUUUGAUCGCGAAAGUAAUGGCAGUGCCAUUUUUAGGAGGCCGAGAACACUUGGAGAGCUGAUAAUGAUGAGUCGAAGGAGUAAUUGCAGGAGGAAAGCUGUUCAAAUGAGAAAACAUAAUCUCUCAAUGUUUCAUAUAGAUUCAGAAAACGAAAGAGAAUUCUACAUAUCAACUGUAGGUCAUUCCCUUUGACAGCACCAAGAUUUCAUAAACUGUUACUCUUUCCUGAAUGCAUCAAUGACAGGAGCUCAUGAAGAAUAAAGGUUUUGGAUGCGGUAUCUUUGGAACUGGAAUCAAGGUGAUAGAAGGGCUCUACAGCAAGAGGAGGAACUUGCCGACACUUAAACUGAUGUGAAGAAAAACACCGCUUAGAGUUUACGCGAGCUAUGCAGCUUGCAGUCAGUCCUCCAGAUGAUUUUAAUUUUCACUUUUGGCUUGAGUAUAUAGCUGUCCAGUAUGUACCAAAUUUCGUAUUAUGCAAAUACCUCAAGCGCGCUACGCUUGAAUGUGUGUGUAACUUCAAUAUCAAAUCUGUGAUUAUCCACAACAUACCCCUCUACCAGAGUUAUAUCAGCUUCUACUUAUAGAACAACGCCAAAAGCACCCAAAGAGCUUUAAAGCAACAAAU